UAGUCCAUGUUAAGUCCUAUUAUUCAUUCAUACAUGGUUGAGAAAACAAAACCCACCAUCUCAAGCACAGCAGCAUUCAAGUUCUCUCUUUGAAUUUUUUCCCUCAAGACAGCCCCACUCUCAAACCAUGGAAUCUUUUGAGGAUAUUUCUGAGUACCAAAAUUACUGGGAGAUGACUAGCAUGUUUUUGAAUGAUGAGCUUAAAAGUUGGGCAAUGGAUCAGGCAUCUAGCCAUUACUAUGACUCAAGCUCGCCGGACGAAGCUGCUUCAGCAAUAGCCUCUAAAAAUACAGUUUCAGAGAGAAACAGGAGGAAAAAGCUUAAUGACAAGCUCUUGGAACUUAGACAAGCAGUCCCCAAAAUCAGCAAGUUGGAUAAGGCUUCUACAAUCAAAGAUGCUAUUGACUACAUCCAAGAUUUGCAAGAACAAGAGACGAGACUCCAAGCUGAGAUAAUGGAACUUGAAUCUGAGAGAUCUGAGAAAGAUAAGGGUUAUGAAUUUGAGAGAGAGCUACCAGUCUUGUUAACAUCCAAGAAAACAAGAUAUGACCACAUUUCUGAUCACAGAGAGCCCAGAAGUGAUCCCAUAGAAGUUCAUCAACUUAGGGUCUCGUCCAUGGGAGAGAAGACUCUGUUUGUGAGUUUGACAUGCAGUCAAGCUAGAGAAGCAAUGGUUAAGAUCUGCGAGGUUUUUGAAUCUUUAAAGCUGAAAAUUAUUACAGCAAGUGUCACAUCUGUCUCAGGGAUGUUCAAGAAGACAAUCUUGAUAGAGAUGUAGAAGAGAGAGAUCAUCUGAAGUCAAGAAUAGAAAGAGCUAUUAAGGCUCUAAGUGGUCCAUAUAACCCUCAAAUCAUGUAGCUAAUAGAAAACCGAAGGACCACAGCUUUGAGAAGCCAUAUCCAAUUAGUUUAAAUAAUCAUUUUCAGUCUCUGUUUUUCUUUAGAUGUAAAAUGAAAUGACCUUGUCAUUUGUAUGUUCAAGACUUGCUCAAUUCAAUAAGAAUUACUGUUUGUCAA